AUGGAAACACAACCGAACAUGCUGGCGCCUCCGGCUGUGACCUCUCUGCGGUCACAAGCCGGCGUCAUGGAACGAUCACUAAGCGAAGACAUACGCGAGGAACGAGAGGAGCUACGUGAGGCUGCCGAGCAGACUCUGAACGUUAUUGUCGACCUCAACCUUGACGGUACUAUUCGAUGGGUCAGCCCCUCAUGGGCCGACGUUAUCGGCUCCCAACCCGAGUCGGUCAAGGGAACCGCGAUAACCGACUUGAUCGUCAGCGACAACAAGACGGUCUUUGCCGAUAUGGUCGAGUCCAUGAAGUCAGACGACUCGCGGAGCCAGCGAGUCCGUUUCGCCGUGGCGUUGGGCCCGUUAUCGAAACUGCUUCCACUUGAGGACCUUCAAGACCAGGAAGCCGGUGGGGACGAGGCGCGCGCGCCUAACACAAUAGAUCUGGAAGCCCAGGGCAUCAUGGUCUACGACGGGGUUUCAGGCGGAGAAAGUCAUACGAUGUGGAUGAUUCGACCCUAUAUUGCGCCUCGAGAAAUCAAGAUUGACCUGCCUUCCGUGAUUGUUGACUCUCUUGGGUCUGGCGCCGAGGUCCUUGCUAGCUAUCUGACACAGCUUGCAGAGUCAGGAGUGGAUGACCCCGAAAACCACCCACCUCCGCUGCCGGUGUUGUGUCGCAUCUGUGAGCGCCAAAUAUCGCCGUGGUGGUUCGAGAAACACACCGACUUGUGCCUGCAAGAGCACAGGGCCGAAAUGGACGUACAGAUGGCGCAAGACAGUUUGACGGAGCACCGAAACUUGAUCGUCAAAGUCCUCGAUGCCCUCGAGGCUCGCAAAAGCCGGUCCUUGACCGGCGACCAGCUCUCACUCCCCGCAGCAGAGUACAAGGGUAUGCCCAUUGGCCCCCCUCUGUCGGCUGGAUCGUCUCCCGGAAGCUCGGUAUCUCAGUCACGGGAAAGAUCUGGCGGUUUUGGUCACUCACGAGCGCGAUCUUUUGCUAUCAGGAGACCUCAGGCAAGGAUCGUGGAGCUUCUGCUCGAUCUUUGCGACACUGCCAUCGAGAUCAGCACGCCCGCAGUCAAGGAAGCCUCUUCCCAAAGCCCCGGCGAGAUUAGGACGCAAUCGCCGCAGUCGGAGUCUCGCAUAUCGCAGGUCAUGCAAUGGCAAUCGCCCAGUACCAAUACGUUGGAACAGGAGCAAGGCCUCGCCUUACUGUGCGCCGAUACCGAGAAAGCCGCCAAAACCAAAGUCGAGGCAGUCUUCAGACACCGCAAGAUUAUAGAGUACGCCGAGCGCAUCAGGAUUGAAUUUGCUGUCAUCGUCCAGGACUGCAUCGACGAGGCCAUGCGCAAAGCAGCUAGGAUUGCCGCCGGCCGACUGAGCGACUCGACCGAGGACGAAGAAGAAGAGGGAGCUACCCCUGCCCAGGACGAUCAGCUAUUCUUCCAAGGGUCUUUUGAGAAUCCGUCCGCACUGGCAGCCGCCCUGCAGAAUGUCAACUUGACCGAUAGUCUCGAGAGACCGCGGCCAACCUCUUUUGUGGAAUCAACACGCUCGAGCAGCCCUAGGGAGUGCCCGACGCCGCGAUCAAACUUGGGAGGUAUCAGUGUCGCAGGGGCAGCUCGCGAGUCGAGGCGGGAAUCGAUGCUCUUCGAGAGCGAUACCGGAGACAGUGAUGGAAGCAUUCGAUCAUCCUCCGUAGCUUCAAGACAACCACCGCGGACAGAUUCUCCGAUAUCAGAAUUCGGUGACCUCCGUCGGGCAGCCAGCGCUCGGCAACAUCAUCGCAGGAGUAUUAUUCUGCCUGGAACAUCCUCUCCUCACAGGCAAGAGUCACCUUCACGCAACAAUCAGCCUUCAUCCCCCCUCAGAAUCAUGAAACCACGCAACUUUCCCUUUCCGCAGGAUGGCAUAACCUCGCCAGAAGCAUCCCCGCUGCUUCCUGGGAGCGACUUUAGCUCGCCGGCCCAUUUGCCGGUCAACCACCACCGCAGGCAGUCGUCCGCCGCCAUGUCCGAGUUCGUGAUGAAGGGGCCUCCUUCGCCCAGAAUGACAGCUCACCAGCCCCCACCACAAGCCCGACCGGCACCCCCCUCCAUCAAGGAUUUCGAGAUCAUCAAGCCCAUCAGCAAGGGUGCUUUCGGCAGCGUUUAUUUGUCCAAGAAGAAGUCAACCGGCGAGUACUUCGCGAUCAAGGUGUUGAAAAAGGCGGACAUGGUUGCCAAAAACCAAGUUGGAAAUGUGAAGGCUGAGCGUGCCAUCAUGAUGUGGCAAGGCCAGAGCGAAUUUGUCGCCAAACUCUACUGGACAUUCUCGAGCAAGGACUACUUGUAUCUGGUCAUGGAGUAUCUGAACGGUGGCGACUGCGCGUCUCUCAUCAAGGUUCUUGGAGGCUUACCAGAAGAUUGGGUCAAGAAGUAUCUCGGCGAGGUCGUGCUUGGCGUCGAGCAUCUUCACAGCCGAGGCAUUAUUCAUCGCGAUCUCAAACCCGAUAACCUUCUCAUCGACCAGAAAGGUCACUUGAAGCUCACAGAUUUUGGUCUGUCUCGCAUGGGUCUCGUUGGUCGACAGAAGCGCGCACUCAACAGUCAAAAUGCUGACCCUACGCCUGAUCUUCUCAAACAAGGUCCUUUCGCUCGCUCGGCAUCAUUGGCUUCGUCACGCUCCACCUCCCUGGAUCUACACGGUCAUGCACACUCGCCCAGUAUGACGCCUCAAAUGACACCCGAUACUGGAUCUAGCGCGGGGCUGCCUUCGUACUUCGCCUUGGGUGGCUCAGAGACGCGACGCGUUUCUACUCACCGUAGCGACAGUGGCGGUAGCGAGACUCUCACUCGCAUGCUCAACAAUUUCUCACUGAACGACCAAGAUCCGAGCACGAGCACACAGUCACAAAAUUUGCCGUCGGCUCAAGAGGAAGGGAGCGAAGGCAACGGACAUCCAAGUCCUGACAUGGCACACCUUCAACAUGCCGGUUCACAGUCCAGUGUCGACUUUUUGGGCAAGAGUACCCCUCCUCAACCCGCAAUGAUGCCACCGCCGAUGGCUCUUUUCGAUCCGGAAGACACCAAUCGCCGCUUUGUCGGAACACCAGACUACCUUGCACCAGAGACAAUCAAGGGCGAGAAACAGGACGAGACUAGUGAUUGGUGGUCUGUCGGUUGCAUUAUGUUCGAGUUUCUCUAUGGAUUCCCACCAUUCCACGCUGGCGAUGCGGAAGAAGUUUUUGAGAAUAUUCUGGCUCGCAAGAUUCAAUGGCCCGAUGAGACCGAGUGUGAGCCCAUCUCUGACGAAGCCAAGGAUCUCAUCAACAAGCUGCUUUGCAUGGAGCCUCAGUCCCGACUUGGCGCCAACCGUGAGGAUAAGUUCCCGUCCGGUGGUGACGAGAUUCGAGCCCACCCAUGGUUUGAGGGUAUCAACUGGGAAACUCUGCUCCAGGACGAAGCACAAUUUGUGCCGCAACUCGAACACCCCGAAGAUACCGAAUAUUUCGAUGCUCGUGGAGCUGUUCUUCAGUCUUUCGCCGAAGAAAUGGAAGACCAAUUGUCGCCCCCAGUUUCUGGGACUGGAUCUGAAUAUCCUGAUCGGCCACACGAUGCUCUUUCGCGCGUUCGAUCUCAAGUCAACUCAAUCAAACGCAACCUCAUGCCUCUCCACAUCCCUCCUCACGUUAGAGACUUGAAGAGUCGACGCCUUAGCGAGCCGGUCGUUGCCGACGACUUUGGCAGCUUCACGUUCAAGAAUCUACCGGUACUAGAGAAGGCCAACAAGGACGUCAUUCAGAAGCUGCGCGCAGAAGCAUUGGCGUCCCAGAGCAAGCCGACCGUCAUCAGCCCGGGCGGAAGUGUUACUUCUCCUGGCCCAGCCCUAGAGCAUAGCCCAGUUCUGGCGAACCCAGUCCAGAGAACGAUCUCGAGUGCGAAAAACCGCCCGCAAUCUCCAUCGGGAUUGAGUCACGCAGCUUCGUCACCAAGUCGUGCUUCUCAGCCUUCUUCACCUCUCCUCGUCUCCUUUGUUGCCGGCCAGGGAACCGAGAACAGACGGAAGGCAUCGAGCAACUCAAGCCUUUCGCAACAGUCUAGCGCACAUCAGCCAGCCUCUCUUGACAUACCUCGAGUUCCGCCAAGUCUGCAGAAGGCAGCAACAAGUGUGUCCGCAUCCCCGGUAAAGGGCCGCGGAGGAGCGGCGCCACCACCACCUCUCGCCUUGUCGCCUCAGAAGAUGGUGUCGACCCCCAGACAACCUUCGACCAGUCGGUCAAGAUCCUUGACGGUUGGGUCCAACGAGGGCAGCCCCAUCACUUCAGAUGUUCUGGCUCAUCAUCGAAACCGUCGCAGCCAAGUGUUCGACAUGUCACCCUCUUCGUCCGACAAUGAGGGUGACAAGCACAACGCGCUCCUACGCGUUCAACGCCGUCGCCAGAGCUCUCGUCGCCUUUCGCAGAUUGCGUUCGAUGGAGGGCCCAUGUUCCGACCCUUGGACGUGUUGAUCUGCGAGGACCAUCCUGUCUCUCGCAUGGUCAUGGAGAAACUUCUAGAAAAGUUACGCUGCCGCACCAUUUCUGUAUCGAACGGCUCCGAAGCUGUGCGGUACGCCAUGAGCGAAAUCAAGUUUGAUAUCAUCUUCUUGGAGUACAGGUUGCCUCAGAUUAACGGCGCUGAUGUGGCUCGGAUGAUUCGGGAGACUAAGAACACGAACUCGCAUACGCCCAUCGUCGCCAUCACGGCUUACCUGAAGGAGCUGCAAGCCCCACACUACUUUGAUUCUCUGAUCGAGAAGCCCAUCUCGAGCUCCAAGCUGACAGAAGUCUUGAAGAAUCUCUGUCAGUGGAAGCCGGAAUCCCCUGGCAUGCACUACUCCAUGUCCCUGUCACUGCCUCAUCCGGUACCGUCAAGUCUCCGCCAGACAAGUUCGCGAACGGACGACAGCCCAACUUCAAGCUCUUCAAUGUUUGCUGGACGUCCGGGGAGCAGCGUCGUCACGUCCAGUCGCGAGGACUCCAUCAGCUCCAGCCUAUUUGGUGAUUCCGAGUCGGUUUCUACGGACGAUGUGCCUGUUGUCAUCAGUCGAAAGGCAACAGGAGAAUGGGAAGAGGGCGGGCUUGGCAUUCGGGAAGACGAACCCACGCAACUCAGCAAUUCUCCAAAGUCACUGCCACAGCUAUUAACACAGCAAUCAGCGCCGGGUCAGCUGGAGAACCCGCGAAAGGCAAUACCUCAACACUCCGUCGACAAGCUGAAAGCAAGGAAGGAGCAUAUGGAGAAGCGACAUGCCGAGGGCACAGAUUCCGCCGAUGACGAGGACGAAGAGCUUGGCCUUGGCCGAGAGAAGCACUUUCGAGGGAAGGCACUUCUUCCCAGCUCGAAGCUAGGCAUCGAGAUGAUGAGAGCCGACAGCCACGACAGCGUCACGUUCGGCUCGGAAAGCACACCGGAACCGAUAACUCAGGUCGUAACGCCCUCCAAAGAGAUCGAUAUGCCCAGCUUCGAGCCUCUACCAGCCACACGAACACCGCCGGACGGCGGAGUCAGCCCGGGAGACCAAUCGCUCGUCUCUGAUGUUGAUGAGACCCCGAGACCGGCGAAUAGAGAGGACACUGCAGACGAGGAGCCCACACCAAGACCUCUGGAAAGAUCCGGAUUGCUGGGCUCUCAAUAG